CUGGUCUUAUAAAUGAGCUGGAACUGGAGAGUCGAUACCGGAGAAUGAGAGAAACACUAGCGAACCAACUUAGAACCAAACACUGGACCUGGCUGUCCUUUAGUUUUUACAUAGAUUUUCUCGUCUUUCCAGGUGUGUUAUAACAAUUAAGAUGGCUGUGUCUGCCAGUGCCAGCUUGAGUAAAGCUGUUAAACAGCAGUACAUGGAGCUACCUCAGGGGGGGAAGGUCCAAGCCAUGUACAUUUGGAUUGAUGGCACCGGUGAGGGGCUCCGCUGCAAAACCAGGACUCUAGAUUCUGAGCCCAAAAGCAUUGAAGAUCUGCCUGAGUGGAACUUUGACGGCUCCAGUACCUACCAGGCUGAGGGAUCCAACAGUGACAUGUAUCUCCUUCCUGCGGCUAUGUUUCGUGAUCCAUUUCGUAAAGACCCCAACAAGCUGGUGCUGUGUGAAGUCCUGAAAUACAACCGAAAGCCUGCCGAAAGCAACCUUCGGAUCACCUGUAAAAAGGUGAUGGACAUGGUGACAGACCAGCAUCCGUGGUUCGGCAUGGAACAGGAGUACACUAUCCUGGGCACAGACGGGCAUCCAUUUGGCUGGCCAUCAAAUGGUUUCCCCGGACCACAAGGUCCAUACUACUGUGGCGUGGGAGCUGACAAAGCCUAUGGCAGAGAUAUUGUAGAGGCCCAUUAUAGAGCAUGUCUGUAUGCUGGAGUCAACAUUUGUGGCACAAAUGCAGAAGUGAUGCCUGCUCAGUGGGAGUUCCAGGUUGGACCUUGUGAGGGAAUCGACAUGGGUGAUCAUCUGUGGGUGGCCCGCUUCAUCCUGCACCGCGUCUGCGAAGAUUUUGGCGUCGUUGCCUCUUUUGACCCCAAACCCAUCCCAGGAAACUGGAAUGGUGCAGGCUGCCACACAAACGUCAGCACCAAGGAGAUGAGGGAAGAAGGAGGAUUGAAGGCUAUUGAAGAUGCCAUCGAGAAACUGGGGAAGAGACACCGCUAUCAUAUCCGAGCCUACGAUCCCAAAGGGGGCCUUGACAACGCACGCCGUCUCACCGGUCACCACGAAACAUCAAACAUCCAUGAAUUCUCAGCCGGCGUGGCUAACCGCGGAGCCAGCAUCCGCAUUCCUCGCAGCGUUGGUCAGGAGAAGAAAGGCUACUUUGAAGACCGCCGCCCUUCGGCCAACUGUGACCCGUACGGUGUGACCGAAGCACUGAUUCGUACCUGUUUGCUGAGCGAGGAGGGUGACGAACCAACAGAUUACUAAAUUCAUAACAUAGAAACUGAUCUCCACUGCCUUCCCAACUUUACCUUUUCUUUAAAUGGUACGGUUCCUUCUCCUGUCUCCUUCACUGAGAUAAUUAGAACUCACACCUUAAUGAUGUGGCUAUUCAAAAAGAGACACAAUAAUGAGAUUUUUGGUAGCUAUGAACUGGUUUUAUCAGGGUAUUUGUUUAGGAGGGAUUGGGCUUUUUGUAACAAGUUUGUAGCUCGUGUCAUAUCAUUUCCUCUUUGUCCGUGUGUGACUAAAAUGAAAAGAAGCACAAGGACACAACAAAGUAGAGCUGCUAAGGCGGGACAACAUGUGUAACUUAAAUCUGACAAGCUCAUGUACUGUUGUGUUGUCCUGACGUUUCAUCCAUUGAGUCGUCAAUGUUACUAAUGCUCUCAUUUUUUGAAGUGUCUUUUUUUUGUUUUUGUUCAAAUUGUAAUUUUUGUCUUCAGAUUCUUACACACUGGGUCACCUUGUAUGGUACACUUUAUAAAUGUCUGUACCCAGAUGUAGUUAUGUGUUGGAUUAUGUCUAUAAUGCCAUUAUUUUUCUUUUUUUGUAGAUUUUCCUCAAGGAGUUUUAUCCUUUGUUAACUAUGAUACUGUAAGGCAUCUGAUUUGGUUAAAAAAAACAUCAAGUUUACUAUGCUUGGUGAUCUUAUUGAUACAUUUAAAACUUUUAUUUUAUCACAA